AUGGAGAAAGACGCCCCAACCACGGCGCCCCAGGCCGCCGGCAGCAGCUGGACCGCCUUCCUCAAGUCCAUCGCCUCCUUCAACGGCGACCUGUCCAGCCUGACCGCCCCGCCCUUCAUCCUCUCCGCGACCAGCCUGACCGAGUUCAGCUCCUACUGGGCCGAGCACCCCUCCGUCUUCGCCGCCCCGGCCAAGGAGGCCGACCCCGCCCGCCGCGCCAUGCUCGUCCUCAAGUGGUUCCUCACCACCCUCAAGCAGCAGUACGCCAGCCGCAGCGAGCAGUACGGCAACGAGAAGAAGCCCCUCAACCCUUUCUUGGGAGAGCUGUUCCUCGGCAAGUGGGAGGACGACGCGGGCACCACGGAGCUCAUCAGCGAGCAGGUUAGCCACCACCCGCCCGCCACGGCCUACAGCAUCACCAACCUCCCCACCGGCGUCCACCUCGAGGGCUACAACGCCCAAAAGGCCACCUUCAAGAGCACCAUCCAGAUCAAGCAGAUUGGCCACGCCGUCCUGACCGUGCCGGUGCCCGGCUCCGACACCAAAGAAACCUUCCUCAUCACCCUGCCCUCGCUGCACAUCGAAGGCCUCAUCUUCGGCGCCCCCUUCAUCGAGCUCGACGGCGCCUCCUACAUCACCUCGUCGUCCGGGUUCACGGCCAAGAUCGACUACAGCGGCAAGGGCUGGCUCAGCGGCAAGAAGAACUCGUUCACGGCCGUCCUGUACCUGACGGGCAAGGAGAAGGACGUGCUGUUCAACGUCUCGGGCCAGUGGACUAAGGCCUUCGAGAUCCACUCGGGCCCGGCCAAGGGCAACAAGCCCGCCAACCUCGUCGAGUCGUUCGACGGCAACGCCGCGCCCGUCAGCGAGCUCGUCGUCGCGCCCGCCGACAGGCAGCACCCGCUCGAGUCGCGCCGCGCGUGGGCCGCCGUCGGCCGGGGCGUCGCGGCGGGGGACCUCGACCUCGUGAGCGUCGAGAAGGGCAAGAUCGAGAGCGCGCAGCGCGAGGCGCGCGCGCGCGAGCGGGCCGAGGGCACGGCCUGGCAGCGGAGGUACUUUACUGCGCGCGCGGACGAGGACCCCGAGGACGACGAGGUGCUCAAGAGCUUGGGCCCCGCCGUGGGCGUCCCCGAGCACGGCGACGCGGACAAGACGGGCGGGCUCUGGAGGUUCGACUGGGCCAAGUACGAGCGCGUCAAGGCGGAGCCCGAGCUGAGCGCCGACGAGGCGGCCAAGAUGGCCAAGGAGCUUCUGGGACAGUGA